CCAUUGGCUCUCCUUUUUCAGUUCCUGUUCAACCCCAAUGCAGCCCUUUCAACUUACACUUUCGAACGAUGGUGUUGUGGCGGGUGUACAUUCUAUCCCUCCGCCAUCGACGCGAAGUGCCAAUCAUGUGCCCCUAAUUGUCGGCCUGCACGGCGGAUGCUAUGACAGCCAAUAUUUCGACGCUACACCGAGAUAUUCUGCGUCCUCGGCGAGCAUCCCUUGGGGUACCCUUCAUAUCCAUCGACCGUCCUUCCUACGGCGGGACUACCUCUAUACUGCCGAUACCAGAUGGUUCCGACUUCAACCAUGAGACUGGUGUAUGGUUGCAUCGCUACAUCCUUCCUAGACUAUGGGCCGAAUUUGGCGCUCCAAACAAAUGCAACUCGAUUGUCCUCCUCUGUCACAGCCUGGGUGUCAUGGGAGGCAUCAUUGCCGCAUCAUUGCAUGCACGGGACGACGAGCCGUUGUACCCCCUCGGCGGUCUGAUUGCUAGUGGAAUGGGCAACACGCAAUCCUCAUUCAUGAGAAUGACCCCUCCUAGUUUUCAGGCUGUAGACGAGGACCAUGUACUGUUGCCUCCGAGCAUUAAAGACACCAUCAUGUUCAAGCCGGGAACGGUGGAUGCAGAGGUGCUGGAGCAGAGUGGACGUCUCAACUCAAAGGCCCCGAUAGCAGAGACAGGCCUGUUCACAGCUGUAUGGCUUCCAGUUUGGAAAGAGAAAUGGGCGGCCCACAUCACAGUGCCAGUCAUGUUUUCUCUCGUGGAGGAUGAUCCUUUCUUUGUGGCUGAUAACACAGAAAUAGAGACCUGUGUGAAGGCAUUCAAGAGGAGUUCCCGUGUUGAUGGAAGCUUGGUCAGUGGAGCCCCGCAUUGUAUGGAACUGAGUCACUGGUCACAAGGGUGGUAUGCCCGGUGUUUUGGAUUCGCGCUGGAAUGUGCUGCCGGCCUCCAUGAACCGUAAUAAAGAUUUUAGGGAAGAUUAGUCAAUUAGCGACGUUCCUUGCUUGCAGAACUUGGACAGUAGGACCUUGACAGCAGCCUUUGAAUCAUCGACCAAGGCCCGGUAGCGUUUGGCUGGACGGGACAAAAGGCAAUUGAGUG